CAAUCGGAAAAUGGAGUGCAGAUUACGGAAACGGUUGCUGGGCAGACCUCGAGCCGGCAGGCUGCGGGCAGCUGAAAAGGGGAAGAGAAACUUCGCAGCUCCUUCUUGGGAAUCACCGGCUCUCCCUCUCCGACUCAGUCCCUCAUGCCCUCCUCUGGGAGCACCAUGAACAUCCAUCCUGCCACCUUUCCUAGAAAAUGGAGACUGCGUAUGUGCAUACCAGACCUUUAGAGCACAUUCCGCCCUCCCCAGGCCCCCAAGAAUCAUCGGAACUACAGUUUCCAGGAUUCAUUGGUUCGGCAAGAAAGCAUUCCCACAGUCUAUCAGGGAGGUUUGUUGCUGUUGUUACGUGCCUUCAAGUCGAUUAUAACUUAUGGCGACCCUAUGAAUCAGUGACCUCCAAGAGCAUCUGUCAUGAACCACCCUGUUCAGAUCUUUCAAGUUCAGAUAGCCGGGACGAGGACCACAACAUCCAAGAAGCACGCACAGCAGGAUCUUGACAACCAUUAUGGCUGUGGAGUUUGACGGAGGGGUUGUGGUGGGAUCUGACUCCAGAGUGUCUGCAGGGCAGUCUGUGGUAAACUGCGUCUUCAACAAACUGGCGCGCCUGCAUGACCGGAUUUACUGUGCGCUCUCUGGGUCGGCGGCUGAUGCCCAGGCCAUUGCCGAUACGGUGCACUACCAGCUGGAGCUGCACAGCUUGAACAUGGAGAAGCCUCUGCUGGUCCUGGCUGCAGCCACCGUGGUGAAAAACAUCAGCUACAAGUACAAGGAGGAGCUCUCAGCUCACCUCAUGGUGGCAGGAUGGGACCCCAAGAGAGGGGGACAGGUGUACGGGACUCUGGGGGGGAUGCUCACCCGGCAGCCCUUUGCCACUGGAGGAUCCGGGAGCACCUACAUUUAUGGUUAUGUCGACUCCGCCUACAAACGUGGAAUGAGCCGGGAGGAAUGUCGCCAGUUCACAAAAAAUGCAAUUGCCCUCACCAUGGUCCGGGAUGGUUCCAGCGGAGGAGUCAUUUACCUGGUCACCAUCACCAAAGACGGCGUCAAGGAGGAAGUUGUUGUGGGAGAUGAGAUCCCCAAGUUCUACGAUGAAUGAAUUUGCUCCCCUUCCCCUCUUUUUUAACUUAUCCAAUAAA